AUGUUGUGCUACCGGACCCACCUGCCAGUGGUUGCUGGAGAUCUAACUCAGAGAAUGGAUCUCUUCAUGUCAGAGGAAGAUGACAAUACAAGGAGCCUAAGAGGCAGUUGCUGUUCUCUGACCUCUCCACUGAGAAGCUGUUGCAAAUAUGAAACCAAGGUAGGAGACAAAGGGACUCAGCUCUCAGGAGGUCAGAAACAGCGUAUUGCUAUUGCUCGAGCCCUCAUCAGAAAUCCUCAGAUCCUGCUAUUGGAUGAAGCAACUUCAGCCCUGGAUACAGAAAGUGAAAAGGUUGUCCAAGAAGCCCUGGACAAGGCCAGAGAAGGGCGUACAUGUAUUGUGAUCGCUCACCGCCUCUCCACCAUCCAGAAUGCCGACCUUAUCGUGGUUUUCCAGAAUGGCAAGGUCAAAGAGCAGGGAACACACCAACAGCUGCUGGCUCAGAAAGGCAUCUACUUUUCAAUGGUCAACGUUCAAAGUGGGGCAAAGCGCAUUGCUUUGGUACUUGCUGCCUACAUUCAGGUUUCAUUCUGGACCUUAGCUGCUGGACGGCAAGUUAAGAAAAUUAGAGAAAAUUUUUUCCAUGCAAUAAUGCGCCAGGAAAUUGGUUGGUUUGAUAUCCAUGAUGUGGGGGAACUGAACACUCGACUAGCUGAUGAUGUCUCCAAAAUUAAUGACGGAAUUGGAGACAAAAUAGGAAUGCUCUUUCAAGCAGUAGCAACAUUCCUCACAGGUUUUAUAGUUGGAUUUACAAGAGGCUGGAAGCUAACUCUUGUGAUUCUGGCCAUCAGUCCUGUCCUUGGCCUGUCAGCUGCCAUCUGGGCAAAGAUAUUGUCUUCCUUUACUGAAAAAGAAUCAUUAGCAUAUGCAAAAGCUGGAGCAGUAGCUGAAGAGGUCCUUGCAGCAAUUAGAACUGUAAUUGCUUUUGGAGGACAAAAGAAAGCGCUUAAAAGAUACAACAGAAAUUUAGAAGAAGCUAAAAAUAUUGGGAUAAAGAAAGCUAUUACAGCCAACAUUUCAAUGGGAAUUGCCUUCUUACUGAUAUAUGCCUCAUAUGCACUGGCAUUCUGGUAUGGGACCUCUUUGAUCCUCUCCAAAGAAUACAGUAUUGGACAAGUACUCACUGUCUUUUUUUCAAUAUUAAUGGGAGCUUACAGUAUUGGACAAGCAUCACCAAACAUUGCAGCUUUUGCUAAUGCAAGAGGUGCAGCCUGUGAAAUCUUCAGGAUAAUUGAUAAUAAUCCAACUAUUGACAGCUAUUCGAUGAAUGGCCAUAAACCAGAUAAUAUUAAAGGAAACUUAGAGUUCAAAAAUGUUCAUUUCACUUACCCAUCUCGGAAAGAGGUCAAGAUUUUGAAGGGCCUCAAUCUCAAGGUUUACAGUGGACAAACAGUAGCCUUGGUUGGAAACAGUGGCUGUGGAAAAAGUACAACUAUUCAAUUGAUACAGAGAUUAUAUGAUCCCACAGAAGGCAUGGUCACCAUUGAUGGACAGGAUAUUCGAACCCUAAACGUAAGAUAUCUGCGGGAAAUUACUGGAGUUGUGAGUCAAGAACCAGUACUCUUUGCAACUACAAUUGCUGAAAACAUUCGCUAUGGCCGUGAAGAUGUCACCAUGGAAGAGAUUGAAAAAGCUGUCAAGGAAGCCAAUGCCUAUGACUUUAUCAUGAAACUUCCUCAUAAAUUUGAUACUUUGGUUGGAGAAAGGGGAGCCCAGCUGAGUGGAGGUCAGAAGCAGAGAAUAGCAAUUGCCCGAGCUCUGGUUCGGAAUCCCAAGAUCCUUCUGCUUGAUGAGGCAACAUCAGCCUUAGACACGGAAAGUGAAGCCGUUGUACAAGUGGCACUGGAUAAGGCAAGAGAAGGACGCACCACUAUUGUGAUAGCCCAUCGUUUGUCUACAGUCCGUAAUGCAGAUAUUAUAGCUGGCUUUGAGGGCGGCGUAAUUGUGGAGCAAGGAAACCAUGAUGAAUUAAUGAAACAGGAAGGUGUUUACUUCAAACUUGUUACCAUGCAGACAACAGGAAAUCAGAUUGAAUCAGAGGGCGAUUCAGAUGGAGUGAAAAACAAAAUAAAUACCUCAGAACCAGCUACAAAAGGUUUUGAAUCCAGGAACCUAAAAAGACGAUCAAGUCUCUCAAGUGUCAAGAAGACACAGACCUUGAAUGAGGGGAAUGCAGGGUCUGGGAAUUACAGUUGCCAUAGUCCAGGGGCAAACAAUCGGCUAUAUGAGGAGUUGAUCUAUAAGCCUGCUUCCCUUCACCUGGGUGAAUUCCCCUUCAUUCAUUUUCUCUGCAUAUUUAAUGAGAUUGUUUGGGUGUAA